AUGGUGAUCACCGACGGGCAGCGCCUUGAGACUGAGCAGCUGCAGGACGAGAGCAGCAUGGAUGGAGUGCAACAGAGUGGGGGGAAGGAGACAGGGGAGCAGCAGAUUGAGGAGCAGCAGAUAGGGGAGGAGCAGAUAGGGGACCAGCAGAUGGUGGACCAGCAGCCAGGGGAGCAGCAGACAGGGGAGCCGCAGACGGGGGAGCAGGAGAUGUGGGGAAUUAGAGAUGGUGGUCGUGUGGUGGCUUCUGGGACGAUCACUGAACCGCUGCGUCGCUCCACUCGCAUCACUCGUGGUAUCCCGCCUCUUAAGUGA